AAUAAUUUCGGUUUGGCUCUUCAGGACUGCUCACACGUUUCUGUUCAUUGGUAUCCAUAAACUGCACUCCCUCCUCGACAGUUCGGUGUCAUGGUUCACAUCACCCGAACGAAAUCUUCAUCGUGCUUAGCCUUCCACGAUCUCCCCCAUGUCAACCUUGCAUUUCUCCAAUCAGUCAAUCUCUCAAAGUCAAAACAGCCCGCAGCUUGAGAUGAUUGAAUUUGAUGAUUACAAGCCUUAUGGCACUUGAGUACACCUGCUCAUGCCUCGAGGGUACAUGAAACGAACAUCACUCGAACUCACGAGUUUGCAAUCGAGUUUGUUAGAAAUUUCACGAUUCAGAAAUUUGCAGUCGAUGGAAGCAGGCCAAGGUCCAAGCCAUCCUGCCGUAGGUCCUGAUGGCGAAGUGCCGAAGCUCUCGAACUGGAGAUACAACAGUCCUCUGGUGCAAGUGGCGGGGUUGGGCCUCGUGUGCUUCUGCCUGCCGGGCAUGUUCAGCGCCCUGAACGGGCUCGGAGCUGCAGGCAAAGCAGACGCCACCAUCGCCGACAAUGCUCUCACGGCUCUGUCCGUCAGCUUUGCCAUAUGUUCUCUUCUAGCAGGCGCCAUGUUCAACAUCGUCGGCCACCGAGUUCUUCUCCUCGUCGGAGGCCUGACUUAUGCACUCUAUGUCGGUUCCUACUUAUCGUACAAUCCUGCGUUUGUCAUCACAGCAGGAGCUGUGCUCGGAGUCGGGGCAGGAUUUCUCUGGGCAGCUCAGGGCGCCAUAAUGGUUUCCUACCCAGAGGAGGACAACAAGGGAAAGUUCAUCAGCAUGUUCUGGAGCAUAUUCAACACGGGCGCUGUUCUGGGCUCGCUCAUCCCUCUUAUCAUCGAGUGGAACAGCGGCAAAUCCUCUGUAUCGAUCCAGACCUACAUAGCUUUCAUGGUUGUGAUGGUGCUCGGUUCGAUUCUAUCACUGGCGCUGCUGCCGCCAGAGAUGGUCAUCCGGAGCGAUGGAAAGCCAGUGGCCAUACACCGAUACUCGUCUUGGACGAGCGAAGCUGUGGCAGUGGCCAAACUCUUCCUCGACUGGCGCAUGAUUGCCCUGUCUCCCAUGUUCCUGGCGUCCAACUGGUUCUACACCUACCAGUUCAACGCCGUCAAUGGAGGUGGGCUUUUCACCACUCGAACCAGGGCUUUCAAUGGCACUCUGUACUGGACAGCGCAGAUUCUGGGCUCCAUGCUCAUGGGCCACUUUCUGGACUCGAGCAGAUUUGUGAGCACGAGCAGGAGGGUUCGAGGUCUUCUGGGCCUGACCCUCCUUCUGAUCGUUUCCAGUGUCAUCUGGGGAGGGGGUCUGGGAUUUCAACUCACAUUUACUAGAUCUUCUGCCAAGGCCGAGACUGACAAGAUGGACUUCGAGGAUAGCAGUGAAUUCGCUGGUCCCGUUACUCUCUUUGCUCUGUAUGGCCUUUUCGAUGCGUUCUGGCAAACUUACAGUUACUGGAUCAUGGGAGCUCUCACGAAUGACACUCGCGAGGCGGCCAGGUUCGUGGGGUUUUACAAGGCUGUCCAGAAUGCUGGAGCUGCAUCAGCGUAUCAAAUUGACGCCAAUCGUGUUUCGUUCCUCGUGCAGCUCAUUGUCAAUUGGGCGCUACUUACUUUGGGGUGCUUCUCAGCCUACCUGGUUGCACUGAGUGUGAAGGACAUCGAUGUCGAAGCCUUUGUUGCUGACAGUGGAGGUCUGCAGAUUAUUGUUCCUAACGCCGGAAUGGGUGAAACUUCCCUAGUCACAAUUGAACAUACAGAGGUUUCUAUGCCUGUUCAAUUCGAACCAGAGAACCCUAUUCACAAACAGCGUUGAUCUCCAGCACCAUGGGUGGAAUUCUGCACAUGCUUUAGUUCAGGAAAGAGUACACCACGAUGAACAAUCAAAUUUGCUUCCGCUCGAUGCAUGCAUGCUGGCAGAUUCCAACUCAGAUCAUUCGGUUUAGGAGCAGAAAAUUUCAGGAGUAGCGAAUGAACAUAGAAAGUACACAACUUGACUGAGAGUCAUUUUCAUCAGUUUUGCUGCCACCAACGUGAAGUCUAUGAAAUCUCUUGUUACGUGCAGGUGUCGCUGACAAGAAAGUGUUCGAUUUAAAUUAAAUUGCAUAAACUCCAAUGCUUAUUGACUAAGUUAAAAGGUUCCAGGACUUUUGCUGAGUGGACGAUCAGACUCAGUCGAGGGUAUUUUGCCAAAUCAGUGUACGGUAUGCCCCUGAACUUGUUGCACUCGAGUGGCCAGAGGAGCAACGUGGUGAUUUGUUCUUCCUCAGUUUCACCCUGACUUCUAGUCUGAACUCACAACACAGUGUCCCCCAUCCAAUCGUGAUCUCGUACGUGCAGGUGUCCAACGCGAAUGACUUCGCUACUGGUAGUUGCGCCAAAUCUCAACCAUGGAUCGUCUUUUGACUCUCAGAUGACACUACACUCUGUAGAGGUGGCCUAGCCCCUAAGAGCUCGUUUACUUUCAUCGCAUUUAUCAAUACGGUUACCACCUUCU